UACAAUUGAGUGAAGUGCUGUAACGAUUGGAGGAAUUGUUACGAGGCAUCGUUGUUACUAUCGAUAUCUGUUCGGACAGGCAGAUCAGUAUAUCGAUAUCCCCGUGUGUAGCUAUUCCCGAGGGAAAAGAAAGAGAAGAGGAAUGAGCAGUUGAUGAUACUGAUGACGCUGUGUCGUGAAUCGUGUGAACGCAAAAUAUAACCUCUCCAGCGCAUAAGAUGCGCCAGCUUUUGUCGAUCCAGUCAGAGACACCACUAUUUCGAGAAACCUGAUCUCGCCUGGCUGCGUGCCCCACACACGUUUGUGCGUCCCACGAUCAAACAAUUCCGUCUUCGCGAUCCUCGUCGGCUGCUCAUCAUGAAAGUGAUCGUGAAGAAGCUGCAGGGGAAAGAAUGCGUCGUUGACAUAUUGCCGUCAGAGACAGUGUUGGAGUUAAAGCACAAAGUAAGCGAUCUCUUGGGCAUCGAUGUACCACAGCAAAGAUUAUUACUUACUGGCAAGACUUUAGCGGAUGAAAAUCCGCUAAGUUUUUAUCCGGGAAUCAAAGAUGGCAGUAAGUUAAAUCUUUUGGUGAUUAAGAAGGCAGAGGAAGGCUCUAGCGAGGCGAAAUCUUUGCCCCAACAGAAAGCUGGUAUCCAUCUACUGAGAGAAGAGAUCUCACGGGUGCUUAGGCAUUAUUAUACAGUAUCCGAGACAGAGUCCAUAGUCAAUGAGUUGAUAAAGGACUUGAAAAAUAAAGUGAAUAAUCUUAGUUACGAUGAUCUAGAGAGACUAGCCACUGCGUUACUCCAGGACCAAGAGAACGUAGCUUAAGGAUCACUCAAGAUUAUCCAAUUUUCGCUUACCAAUUGAUUAUUGUAAUACGAGUUUAUUUAAUUGAAGCAUUGCCUUAUAUUAUAUAUCGAGUCCUUUAAUAAUUGGUACUGUAUUGUAAUUUAAAGCGCGAUCAUACUGCAAGACUUAAUGUACUAUUUACUACGUUUGGAUCUAAGAAUAAUCUUAUGUGAAGUUUAUUAAAAAUCGCUGUAUGUACAGACAUAUACCAUGUCGCGUC